AUGGAUAACAAUAAUUGGAGGCCUCCUCAAGUUGGAGAACCACCAAUUGAUGCAGGGGAUUGGAGGAGUCAACUGCAGCCAGAUUCACGGCAAAGAAUUGUCAACAAGAUAACGGAUACAUUGAAGAGGAGGCAUCUUCCCUUCUCUGGUCAAGAGGGAUUACAGGAAAUCGUGAAAAUUGCUGUAAGGUUUGAGGAAAAGAUUUACAUCGCCGCCACCAGCCAAUCGGAUUAUCUCCGGAAAAUUUCUCUGAAGAUGCUCGCUAUGGAGACAAAGUCUCAACACAGAAUGGCCAAUUCUUCACAAUCCAGCUCUGCUGCAGGUUCUUUUGGUGUGCGACCCCAAGUCCCCUAUCAAGGGCAAUUACUCUCCAUGCAGUUGUCGGCGAAUCAGUCUCUAGCGCACCAACAACUAUUAUCACAGAACAUUCCGAAUAACAUUCCUCCUGCCUCUGGUUUACCCCAGACUCCUAUCCCAAAUUUGAUGGAUACCCAUAAUGAGAGGCUUCUGCAAGGUGGUGAACUGCCAAUGGUCGCAGGCAAUUGGAGGAGCCAAUUGCUGCCAGAUUCACGGCGAAGAAUUGUUGACAAGAUACUUAAUACGUUAAAGAGGCAUCUUCUCGUCAGUGGUCAAGAGGGAAUCGACGAACUCAGGAGAAUUGCUGAAAGGUUUGAAGAACGGACUUAUGAAUCUUCCUCAAGCCAGUCUGAUUACCUACGGAGAAUUUCUUUGAAGAUGCUCACCUUUGAGGCCAAGUAUCAAUGGACAGCACCUACAGCCGCCCCCUCCAACCUAAAACGGCAUCGUGUCUUCCCUUGA